AUGGAUAGACGAGCGAACGAAGUUGCUUACUGGAGCUCAACGAUAGCGAAUCUGCCACUAGGGCUUUGUGUCGGAAGCUUGAUCAACGUUACGGACGCCGAGAUUCACGUGUACGACAACAAAAGGUUCACCAUAAUCGCCAACGGUCUCUAUGUUCCCGGUGGUAGCCAAUCUCUUUACGCUUCCAAGUUCCAGAACGUCGGUGCUGCUGCUUCUCCUGGUACACAUUCCAAAGGAAUCUCAUUUAUCAGGUAA